CCAGAGAGUAUCAGACUAGCCUCACCCUCCCUCUCAUUCUCUUUAAUUAGCUUAAUUAACAGCAGAAGCAAAUCCGACAGCAAAGCAAGGAACAAAAAUGGGGAGAAGAAAGAAGGAGAAGAAGAUUAACCCAAAUGCCCUUUACAGGAUGAAGCCAUGUACAGACCUUCCAAAGGAAAUAGACAUCUUAAUCAAAUAUCCUUACCAGUACAAGCUAAGAGACUCUACUAUCAAAUAUGGCAGCGUCUCUAAAACAUGGAAACUGCCGAGAAAAUGUAGCCCGGCCAAGCAAUCUCCACUGCUCGUUCUUUCCAAUUAUGCAAACACGACCACUUAUCACAGCUUUAGCGAGCGAUGGUGCUCAUGGUGGUCCGAGUUUGGAACUUGGGAUUCGGAUUCCGACGGAAACUACUUGAAUAAUUACGUGGGUUCUCCUCAUGGAAAGCUGAUAAUGAGAGGAGGCAAGUCGCCUUGCGAAUACCUCCUUUUAAUUGAUUUUGAAUUCAACCACAACCAAGCCUUUCGUUCCAUUGGACUCUCCUUUCCAUGGCGUUCUUCAGCUGGUUUCUGCUUCAAAAAAGUCUCCACUGAUACUACAACCAACUGUUUUUCAAUGGUUCUGACCAGUGGUUCUCAUCCAAACUUUAUUUUUUAUAAAUUGAGAGAUGGGAAAUGGAUCGGUGAGGAAUGCACACUCUUCGACCCAAAUUCCAGUGAGCCAUGUACUAUACAGUUUACAAACACCAUUGUAUUUGAAGGGAAGUUUUACCUCUUAAGUUUGCAGGGAACUUUAGCAGUGAUCGAUGCUAACUCUAAUCCUAGAGUGAAAAUACUGGGUUCAACAAGAGCCAUUCCUUCUACCUGCUCAAAGGGCUUCAGGGAAAUUCUUAUUGAAUCUGGUGGGGAGAUCCUGCUGGUUUUUCUCAUCUCUAGGAAAUCAACCAACAUUGUAGAUGAUGUGGAAGUUUUCAAGCUUGAUCUUGCUAAGCCUUCCUGGAUUAAGAUGGAAAAUCUAGGAGGCAGAACUCUGUUUGUGGGAUUCACUUGUUGCAUAUCGGUCUCUGCAAGUGAAUUGGGAUGCAGAGGCAAUUGCAUCUAUUUUAUCCAAAGAGGUCUCCCUGGUUGGUGGGUCUUCCAUAUGGAAACUGGUGGCAUCUCUCCAGCUGGUUGGAAUGCUGAUUCUGAUUCUAAUUAAAAGUCCCUGGAUUUUGAAAUUGAUUACACCAAGUUUGAUAUUAGGUGGACUGGAAAGAGGAGGUAUUAGUGUAAUAGAUGAAAGCCAUUUUCUGUAUCUAGAUCUGAGAGAAAUGUACUUCUGGUGUGUUUGUUUGUCUUCUUGUAUUCUCUAUAUGAUUUAAGGUUUAAACUAAUUUGUUCUGACUUGA